CGCAGGCUCCGACCGCUCUAGCUGCGGCUUCGACCGCGGGCGGAGCCAAUCAGGGCGCUGGGUGUUGUGCGCCGGAAGUGGGUCUUGCUCGGAGCGCGGCGCCAUGGCCGGCGGCUCCGCGGCGGUGCUCGCGAGGGCGUUGGAGGCGCUCGAUCUUGUUGAUGCAGCAGAUAAGAUUAAUUUAAUACCUCAGGACUUUUUUGCAGAACUAUGUGAGCAAGUAAUUCAACAUCUGAACCAUAAGAUCUCAGGUGUAUAUGCAGUAGAAUUGUGUCAGAGACUGCAGACAUCUGGGAUUGAGAUUAAUGUUGGUGACCUGGCAAAAAUAGCUAAUAUUAUUUCCUUCUUAUUUAGCACAGCAGCCAGAAACAAUCUCUCUACAGAAGAACUUGUCACUACUCUGGGCAAUGCAGUCAGCACGCUGCCAAAACAUGCGGUUCAAGUCAUUCGGCAUGUAUGGAAUGAACAGGGCAAAUCUAUUACUGUGUCAGAAGAUGCAAGAAAUAUGGCCACAGUUGGGCAGUUUAUAGAUAUCAGUUGGAAACUGGGAGUUGCAAUGAGUUCUGACACCUGCAGGUCUCUCAAGUAUCCGUAUGUUACAGUGACACUCAAAGUGGCAGACCCUUCAGGACAAGUAACAAACAAAUCUUUUGAAAUGACAAUCCCGCAGUUCAAGAACUUUUCCAGACAGUUCAAGGAAAUGGCGGCUGUUCUUGAAACAGUUUGAAUAGAACUUUUUAAUUUACACCAAAGUUUCUGAUGGACUUAGAUUGAGUAAACUUUGUUCUACGCAAGGAAUAAGGUGCCAUUGUUCAAGCAAGGUAUGUAUACUUGUCUUCCCAAAAAACUUGUCAGCAUCCUCCUUGAAUCACUCUGAAGACUUCUUCGCUUUUGAAUACUUGAGACCAACUCUGCAGUGUCUGUGAAAUGUGUUCAG